UACGCCCAAGGAUCUCCUCGGGAAACAGUCCGCUUAAUCGAGUGUCGAUUUGUCGAUCUGUGCUCAAACUUUAUAUAAGAGCUGGGCUAAGUUGUAGCUAGAGCUAGAGCCUUUCAGUGAAAGUACUAUAACCAGCUAGAAAUGUACUUUAUUGCAAGUCAAGUUUUUGGAUUCCAAAGAUGUAUCUACCGGCCAUACUUUGCUUCUUCUUUUUGCUCAAUUUUGAGCUUUCUUCAUGCACAAAACUCCAGGUGACAUCUGGUUCCACUCUGGAGCUGCCAUGUUUUUCACUUCUAACCGAUUUCACCGGAGCACCCGUCACCUGGAAAUUCAAUGGUGAAGUCAUAGGACAACUCACAUCUCAGUCACCUGGCUCAACUACAGUUAAGAAGAAAGGCAUGAUUCUCUCUAUAUCCCCUGUAACUGCUGCCCACAGUGGCACAUAUGAGUGUUCAGUAAAGGAGAACAACGUGGAACUUAGUUUGACGUAUGACAUCAUAGUUGUUGCUGCAAAUGUCUAUACCAUUAAGAUAGUCGAAGGCCAGACCGCUAAUCUCCCGUGCCAUAUCCCAACUUCCAGCCAAGUCACAGCUAAUGCUCUUUGGUUCAAAGAGACCAGAGACAGCCAGAGGACAAAGCUGAAUCUUGAAGAUGAUCCAACAGAUGAUGAAAAGAGAAUAGAACAACUUUAUCCACAUGAUCAUGAUCAGGCCAUCAUACUCAGAAACACUGUCUCAACAGAUACAGGAAUUUAUUACUGUGUAUCUACUGAGGGGGAGACACUGAGCACUGUGUACACAUUUAUCCAAGUUGCUCCUACUGAUGUCCCUUACUCAUGCAGCAGUUUCAACAAGCCAUGGGAGCCCUGCAUGGAUGAAAACAGUCGCACAGGGGGACCUGUGUUGCAGGAAUCCAUGGCAGAGUUUUCCAUGAAGCUAUAUUCUUAUUUCAGACAGUCACAGCCUUCCAGCAACCUGCUCUUCUCUCCAAUCAGUGUCGCUGGGGCAUUGUCCCAUUUGUUGCUAGGUGCCAGGGGUGACACCCGCAAAGCCAUUGAAAGGGCUAUGUUUCUGCCCCAUGAUUUCCACUGUGUUCACUUCCAGAUGAGGAAGCUAAAGGAGAAGUUGGCAGGCUCCUUGCAGAUGGCUUCUCAGAUCUACUACAACUCAAAAAUGACUCUGAGUGAAUCCUUCACUAACCAGUCUGUUCAGUUCUAUGAGGCAGAGCCAGCGAGGCUGCUAGAAACCAACGAGAACAACACUCAGAUGAUCAACAGCUGGGUUGCAAAUAAGACCAACAAUAAAAUCACACACUUGGUUGAUUUUGUAUCACCCAAUACACAACUGAUGCUGCUAAAUGCUGUCUCUUUUAGUGGUCAAUGGACAGUCAAGUUUGAUCAAAAACCCAAGAAAGGCCUUUUCACAAAAUUGGAUGGGGAUAUGGUAAAUGUGCCUCUCCUCUACCACAUGAAAUACAUGAUGGCUAUGGCGCACAGCGAUGAGCUUGGGGCACAGGUGGCGAGGUUUGCUCUCACGGGUGAAAACAGUCUUUACAUCCUGCUGCCUCGCUUCAGCACAGCGGCUGGCCUGCAGCAGGUGGAGGAAAAGAUGACGGACACAGCCGUGCGACAAAUGAUUGAACAAAUGAAGACAGUGUCUCCUCAACGGGUCGAGGUCACUCUGCCCCAGAUCAAACUGGAUGUCCAGCCAGACAUGAACAUACUGAUAAAGAAAUUAGGCCUGUCAUCCCUCUUUGAAGAUGCCAAUUUGUGUGGUUUGAACCCUGAAGAGAGGUUGGUCCUUGACGAUGCCAGACACAGAGCCUUCCUCACUCUGACCGAACACGGGGUUGAGGCCGGAGCUGUCACCAGCAUGUCGUUCUCUCGCUCCUUUCCUUCCUUCUCUGCCCUGCGGCCUUUCAUCAUGCUGCUGUGGAGUGAUCAGGCCAACGUGCCACUCUUUAUUGGUAGAGUGACCGAGCCAUAGGGGAGAGGACAUGUAUCAGAGGCAAAUGAGCAAGAAAAGGGGUUCCAAAGGGCUGUCUUAUGUUAUCAAAGAACAAGUCCUAUGAUACUUUUUCCUGAAUAUCCAGUAUCAGUAUUGCUCAUAGUAGUUAGUGUGCCUCACUGAAACAUUCAGUUCUGGAUGUAUAUUGUUCUCUAAGAUGAUGAUAAAUAAACAAAUAUUAACACA